AGACAAGAUUACUGAUGAGUUGUUUUUUUUUAAAUUCAAGUUUUGACGUAAUGAACUAAAAAAACUGGUUUUUUAAUUUAGACCAGUAUGUAUUUACUCAGUUUUUCUUAAGUUUUUUCUGGUUAGUUAAGUUCUUUACAAAAUUAGAAUGUAUAAUUUGUUUAUUGAUUAUAUGUUUACGCCAAAAUUAUAUAAAAUAUACACUGGACUCCGCAGAGAUGAUGAUUAUAUUCAAUUAUGGCAAGAAAAAAUAGCUGACAGAAUCAUAUUAACUACUUAUAUGUUAACGCGGGUAGCUACGUACUUAUCGCCUGUACUCAUAUAUUUUUACGGUAGGUCAUUAAUCUCCGGCAUUAGUCCCGAAUUUAUUUACAAAUUAGUAUUUCGUGGCUCAAUAUUGGGAGCUACAUUGAUGACAUCAUUUUUACUGAGAAGUUAUGGACGCGCUAUAAAUCCAAAAUAUAAAGCUUUUCAUCAGGAUCUCAUUAAUGCAAAAUCGGAAUACACGACAGCCAAUCAAAAAAAACUGCAUAGCUACGAUUUUGAUUUUUCUGCGUGGCCAAUAGACUUUUCAUGGAGUUUAGUUGACGAGGAAAAUUAUAAAUAUAACCAAAGGCAGGAAAAUAUAAAACUCGCCUUAAGACUUUUAAGAAGUCCAAGCAGUCUUAUUGGAUUUUUAGCUAUACAUUCCUUCGGUAUAUCAUUAAUUUAUCCAGGUUCUACGUCGUUUUUGUUUUAUUUGAUGGAUGAAAAUUUACAAAAAGGAAGACGAGCUCUAAUCAAUUCUUUUGGCGGAACUCGACAUAAACUUAAAACAUUAGAUGGAAAUUUCUUAGACUCUAUAUUUAUAGAUAAAAGGAAUAGAAAUACUUUAUCGGGUAGGUCGAAGUUAAUAAUUUGCACUGAAGGAAAUGCAGGAUUUUAUGAAGCAGGAAUAUUAAGCUCGGCGAUUGAUACCCAACAUUCCGUAUUAGGAUGGAAUCAUCCUGGAUUUGGAUACAGUACUGGCAUUCCUUACAUAAAACAAGAACAAAACGCAGCUGAAACUGUUUUCGAAUUUGCCGUAAUAAAGUUAAAAUUUAGACCUGAAGAUAUAAUAUUAUACGGUUGGAGUAUUGGUGGAUUCGCUUCUACGUAUUUAGCUCAGAAAUUCCCAGAAGUGCAUGCUGUGAUACUGGAUGCUACUUUUGAUGACCUCGUUCCGUUGGCUAUUCCUAGAAUGCCUAGCUUUGCUGAAAGUUUGGUUGCUUCAACUGUUAGAGAAUUUUCAGACUUGCACGUUGUUGCAAAUUUAGUCAAGUAUCCUGGGCCUGUGUUACUAAUACGGCGAUCAAGUGAUGAGAUCAUUGCUCUCGAUACUCGUAAUGUAGCAACUAACCGAGCAAAUAAUUUAUUGGAAACAUUGCUCGAAUACCGAUUUCCUAAGCUAUUCUCCAAGGAAUCGCGUUCAGCCCUGUGGAAUUGGAUGUCAACCUCCGAUGAUGAUCAAAAAAAUAUUCUUUUGCGGUACAAUGUGGAUUUAAACGAACAGGCCAAGUUCUAUCCAAAAUCUGAUAUCAAUUAUCCGCUGAAUCUCGGUGACGAAUGGAACGACCAACAAAAAACAAAAAUGCUCCUGUACUUGGCGGAUCGGCAUAUGAAAGAUUACAAUUCCACUCACUGCACCCCGUUACCAUCGAGGUAUUUAAAUUAUAUAAUAUAAAUAUUUCAAGAAUUGUUUUUAAAUUAUUUUAUCUAAUAAUUAUAUACAUAAUAUGAGUACUUGUUAAAGUAGGUUGUUGUUAAAAAUGGGUAUAUUAAAUCGUGUAUUAAGUGUAUAAAUCUUUUUUAAACAAUAAAAUUGUAAGGUAUAACAAAUAUAAGUUUUGAUUUUUUACAAAGUUGCUUAUAAUAAAAUUGACAAAUACGUACUA